CCUCCUCUGCGCCCCCAGAGGACCCCGGCUGCUGCCCCCUUGCCUCACCAUGAAGCUCUCCGUGUGGCUGGUCACCGUGGCGGCGUGCGGGUGGAUGACCCAGGCCCUGGUGGUGAACCCGAACGAGGUGCGCUGGUGCGUCACGUCCGACAAGGAGAAGAAGAAGUGUCUGGAUCUGGCGAAGGCGCUUGGAGACCUCAAGAGCCAGUUCUCGCUGCUGUGUGUCCAGCGCGACAGCCCCAACGAAUGCUACGAGACGAUCAAGUCGCUCCGCGCUGAUGCAGUCACCCUGGACGGAGGAGACAUUUACAAGGCCGGAGAAGCCCCCUACAACCUCAGGCCACUUGCAGGCGAGGACUACGGGCCUGCCCAGGGCGCGUGCUACUACGCGGUGGCAGUGGUCAAGGCGGGCCGCGUGUCGGACCUGAGCAACCUGGAAGGCAAGAAGUCGUGCCACACGGGCGUGGGCAAGUCGGCCGGCUGGAACCUGCCGAUCGGGAAGCUCCUGGAGAGAGGCAUCCUCACGUGGGACGGGCCCAGCUCGGGCUCCGUCGAGAAAGCCGUGAGUAAUUUCUUCUCGUCGAGCUGCGCCCCGGGCAGCAAGGAGCUGCCCUUCCUUGACAAGGCCUCCAAGGCGAAGCUCUGCGGGCUGUGCAUCGGCAAGGGCGACAACAAGUGUGUGAAGAACGCCGCGGAGCCCUACUACGACUACGGCGGCGCGUUCAGGUGUUUGAAGGAGGACGCAGGGGACGUGGCGUUUGUGAAGCACGUGACCGUCAACGAAGACACCACGGAAGCGGAGCGUGCUGGCUACGAGCUGCUGUGCGGGAACGGCGGCCGCGCUCCGGUGUCCGACUUCCGCCGCUGCCACAUCGCGUUUGUGGCCGCGCACGCCGUGGUGGCUCGAAGCAGCGAUGACAUCGACCAGCGCAAGCGCAGCGCCAUCCUGGGUCUGCUCAACGAGGCAGAGAACUACUUUGGAGUGAACGGGACUCAAAAAAGCAAGUUUGAGCUUUUCAGCUCUUCCUCGUAUGGCGGCAAGAACCUCCUCUUCAAGGACUCGACGCAGUCGCUCUUCCGCCUGCCGGCGCUCUUCAACCACCGCAGCUACCUGGGCUCCGAGUACACCAGCGCGCUCGCCAGCCUCUCUAGCGCCCGCAGAAAGGGCAAGAGCCCCCUGCGCUGGUGUUGCAUCAGCGACGGCGAGAAGAACAAGUGCGAUGCCUGGGACCUUCACAAGCGCGAGCUGCGCUGCCUGGGCACGCACUCCAUGGAGCAGUGCAUCUGGAUGAUCAAGAACGGCGAGGCGGAUGUCAUGAGUCUCGACGGGGGGCAGGUGUACCUUGCCGGGAAGUGCGGACUCAUUCCCGUCAUGGCGGAGUACUACGAUGACGACAAAGUGUGCAGCGGUCAAGCCACAGGCAUUGCCACGGGGAAGUACUACGCGGUGGCAAUCGUGAAGAAGACGAACCGGGACGUGAGCCUCAAGGACCUGUCGGGCAAGAGCGUCUGCCACACGGGCAUCAACCGCACGGCGGGCUGGAACAUCCCCAUUGGGCAGCUCGUCGCCGACGGGAAGAUCGACAGCUGCAACAUUGAGAAGGGCGCGGCGCGCCUGUUCGGGCCGAGCUGCGCGCCGGGCUCGCAGGAGGCGUCGCUGUGCGAGCGCUGCAUCGGGGAGGAGGCGGCGGCCGUCGGGAGCUCCGGCAGGCACAAGUGCGAGUUUAGCAGCCACGAGCGAUACUUCGGAUACAGCGGCGCGUUCCGGUGCUUGGUGGAGACUGGGGACGUCGCCUUUGCGAAACACACGACCGUUUCUGAGAACACGGACGGUGCCAGCAAGGAGGCGUGGGCCAAGAACUUGCGCUCGUCCGACUACGAGCUGCUGUGUGCGGACGGCAGACGGGCCCCGGUCUCUGCCUACAAGACGUGCCACCUGGCGCAGGCGCCGUCCCACGCUGUCGUGACGCGCGCCGCCCUCAAGAUGCCCGUGCAGGAAUUCCUCAAGGAUUCGCAGAUGAAGUACGGUCGCAGUGGCACGGACAGAGAGAAAUUCAGUCUGUUCAGCUCGGAGCGCUACCAAGGCAAAGACCUGCUCUUCAAGGACUCCGCCAAGUGCCUGGUGAAGGUGGAGGCCGACUCCUACAGAGACUUCCUGGGGGCCGGCUACGCCAAGACCAUGGACGGCCUCAAUGCCUGCGCUAAAUCAGAUCUGCAAGAGGCGUGCGAGUUCGACGUCUGCCAAAUCCCCCGAAAGUACCACUCCCUCCAGAACUGAGCCGCCUCCAGGCACAGCGCCCGUCCUUCCUCCUUCCCGUACCCUGCCACCCCCUCGCUGUGUCGCGCAGCGCUCCCUCGCGUGCCUCUCGCUGUGCCACGGGGCUCGAUCCGCACGCACAACCGACCAAGUUCAAAUCCUGUCCAGAGGUUGACACAGGCCAUCGUGCCAUACCAAGGUUCUUAAAAUGAGCGUCACUUUGCGCUAAACAAACAUGGGUCAUCCCAUUACAAGGAUGUGUUCCCACAAUGGAUGUGUGGAACUUGCACUUUCGUAAAGGUUUUUGGGUUAGAUCAUACCGAUGUGCUGAAGUAAUAGCUCAUGGGUGACACGUUUGUAAAUGUCGUGUGUUUACUCGCCAUCACACCGAUGAUGCUGAAGUAACAGCUCAUUGGCGGGUCUCGUUUCUUGUGACAAACUUUACUAAUCGGUUGUGUCGGGUGGUGGUGGUGAUUUAACAACACAUUUAUAUUUAGAUGCUCUAACCCAACAACCUUUAUGAUGCAUAAUAUUGGUCGUGAAAACCUACGUGUUGAAUUGUAAUUGACACUGCUAGCUCUUUUGUACUGAUAAGUCUCAACCAGUGUAAGUCUGGCAUGCAUAUUCCAUAAUGAAUACAUCCCAAUUUUCUCUAUGCAAUUUUAAACAAUUUGACGGAGGUCUUGCACCAGCGAUGCAAAUUCCACUUCAUUAUGCUGGUGCCAAUAUAUCGGGAAACGAAAGACAGCGUGAUAGGGCGAGCUGGACUGUGGCUGGGAUAAGAACUGUGGCACAACGAUUGUAUGCCUCUCACUCUGCUGACCGAGCUGUAUCCUGACCCAUGCCGAUUCAACCUUCUUACAGUCAACACUUUUAGCUGAUUGUGAUUGGAGGCUCAAUGUCUUUGCUGUACACCCACCGCCCCCGCCGCCCCACACGCUGUGUUCACACAGCAGCAGCAGCCUGCACCACGCUUUGUUGUCCGACUGAAGAUUGUAGUCUUGACAGCACACGUGUCAAGCUGGAUGGGGAGCCGCAUCAGAUUGGACAGACAGCAGCUCUUCGGACAUGGAGGCAUGAUUGGUGAACCCCACCACUGCAGUCUGCGCAAUUCAUGAAAUUGUAACGGCGGAGAGUGCCUUACGUGAACUAUUUAAGAUCAAGCAAAUUUUUUUUUUAAAUAUGCAACUUCAUGAGAUAACAAGUUGACCCUCACGUGCAAUUGCCCCUUCAUUUUGCAAAUCACUUUUCUUUUGUGGGGUCAACGUAACACAGCCGGUGUCAAUGGACAACGUUCAACUCUUACAUGCAACGCUUAAUCCUCGGUGUGUAAUCCAGCAGGGUUAUUAACACGGCAAUGUAAAUUAAAUCCUUUCGACGAAA